AUGGCGCCGAGUAGAACUGAAAAAUCUGGACGAUUUGCAGAACUUUGGAACAGACCCAUUAUGUCGACCGCUGUGGGACGUCGCCUAGGCGUUGCGCAUCUCUCGGGGUCAAUCAAGGGUGUCUGCUUCGUCGAUGCGCUCGCCAAGGAGGCUCUCGACGCGGACCAGCCGGACUUCGUGUCCUAUUCGCUCGCCCUUGCGCGGGUCAAGGCUCGCAUGAAGUCCAAGUGGGAUUGCGUCGCCCGUGAUGCCAAUGCCGUCCACUAUCGGGGUCGCCGCCUGUGGGUGUCCGAUGAUCCCCUGCUGCACGGUACCACUGCCGCCACCACCUGGCUUCUCAAGCACGCCGGCAAGUCUAACGCGGACGUUGCCCGCGCGGCGCGUGUCCUGACCAACCACUUCCCGUGUGGCGAGUAUCGCGCUCGCUUCAACAUCCCGGGUCCCCAGGACUGUCCGUGCGGGGGUGGCCUGGAGACUCGGCACCACAUCCUGUUCCAGUUUCCAUUCUGGAUUCGCACGAAGGCGCCGGUGGCCUCUUCGCUCGCGCUCCCCCACGACGACCGCACCCGCCAGUUACGCGCCCAGUGCGGCUGGUCCGCGGGCGACGUCCUUGAGUUCUUGCGGCUGAACCCCAUGGUCUCUACAUUUGGGUGGGCGGAGAUUCUCGCUGAGGCGCUCGCCGACCGCGCGGCCGGGCGCCAUUCUCGCGCGAAUGCGCGG